GUGGCAAGCAUGUGGUAUUUCGGUGUUAAACGAAUUAUUUUAUUUUGGACAACAAUUAUUGCCGUUAUGGUGUUAAUGCCAAGCAUUCAAUGCAAUCCACCAAAAGUGUGUCCAAUUUAUUGUAAUUGUGAUUUAUUAAAUAACCUCAACCAUGCGGAUUGCAGUGGAAAACGUUUAAUAAGCGCAAAUUUUGAUGUGCCCUACGAAGUGGAGUCCUUAAAUUUAAGCUUCAACGACAUCACCAUACUGGACAAUAACUGCUUUCAGGGUUACGUCUAUCUGCUCAACUUAACCAUCGCACACAAUGCCAUACACACAAUCUUCCUGGAUGUCUUCACACAUAUGAAACGCAUACGCGCCAUUGAUCUCUCACACAACCGUCUCGAAAACCUUGAUCCACGACUUUUCGAAUCAAACCGCAAAUUACACACACUCAAUUUGGCCGUCAACAAAUUUAUGAUUCUGCCUGAUGAGCCACUGUUGCACAGCAAAUCGCUGCGCAAGCUCAAUUUGGCCAACUCGUUGGUAAAUGUGCUGCUACCAGCACACUACAGCGCUUUGCCACAAUUGCAAGAGCUCGAUUUGUCAAACAACCUAAUCAUCACCAUAGACGAGUUCGCAGCGAAAACCCCAAAGCGACUACACGCGCUGAGUUUGGAAGAAAAUAAUUUGAACUGCGAUCAAACACUGCAAACGGCCUUGGAGCUGUUGAAGGCGCGAAAUGUGGCAAUUGAGUACAGUAACUGUCGCGCGGCGACUGUCGACCCGACCGAUGCAAACAGCAUUUCCAGAAAGUUCGAGCGCAUAGAAUUAGUAGAUGAACAUUUUCACGAGGAGGGAGGGGUUGCCGAGGAUGAUGUGGGUGAUUCACAAGAGGAUUUCGAUGACGCCAUACGCCGCGGCGAUCUCGCCGGCUGGCAUUUUUCAAUUGCACCAGACAAUGAGGACGAAGAUUACUACACAGAUUUCGAUGUGGAAGAGCACGAGAAGAACGAUCAACCGCCAACAAGCAGCGGUAACGGAACAAUUAAUGAAACGUGUCGCCUUUGGUGUCAGCAAUACAGCGACAAUACGGUGUACCCCUCAUCUAUUUUCAACGGCGGCUUCAACUCCAGCGCCAAACUUUACACAGAUUUCGAUUUACUUUUCGUUUUUAUUUGUGGCAUUGCAGUUGGGAUUGCGCUGACCAUCUUUAUCGGCAGCUGCAUAAUCUGCAUCUGGCGCUGUUCAUCUCUGCAAGCCUCAAGCCCAGGCAUUGAAGAUCCAUACGAUAUGCAUUAUGCCGCUCCAGUGCAGACGAGACAACGGUCAGUAGCACAGCAUCUGCCAUCACAUGCGCAAGUAGACGCAAUUAGAAGACAGUCAGCGCACGAUGCUCAGCCUGAGCAAGCCGAGCUACUGCCUAUUGCAGCACCUCUACCACCACGUCGCCGUCAGCGGCGCGCGCCGUCCACACAACGCGCAGUAGUAAGACAUGAUCAACUUGCGCGUGCUGGCGGUGAUAAUUUCAUUUCACGUCUCUUCGGUAGACCGGCACGUCAUCAAUACUAUCGCACUAUUAAUGAAAAUACAGCCACCUUGAUACGUCAUCUCAGUCGAAGCAAUCUCUUCAGAAACCGUCAGAGUCAACAUUUUGGUGAGCGAGAGAGCAAUAACACUAACCAGUCUGCACCGAACACACCAGACAGUGUAGAUGGCGCUAGUGUGCCUAAUUUGGAAGAUGGAUUGGAGGGUUCAACUACUCAGCGUCGCCGUCCAGAGACACCGCCGCCUUUAUAUAGCGAAAUAAUUACGAAAAAUUGUGAUCGAAGUAACGCGAUUUCUAAUGACUGAAUAAUAUCUUGCACGUGUUUAAUCUAAAGUAUUUGUAAUAUAAUAAAAAAACCGAAUCAAACUGUUGAA